AUGUUCCGUUUUGGUUGUGGUAAACCUACAAUUCUUUACGGAAAAUAUUGCCAUAAUUUUGGAAAGAGUGUUUUAAAUAACAGCGGGAACGGUAAUUCAAACUCACCUUCCCAAAAUGGUUCUUCAGAUACAUUAAAUCAUGGUAUACAGGCUAGAGAAAAAGCGUACCUUCAAUGUUUAGUUUGUUUUGCACACGGAAAGAAGUUGAGAGGUCAAGAUAUUUUAAGCCAAAGACAAGAAAAACAGACACAAGAAGUAAAAAUCAAU